UCGCUGUGUCUGCCACUUCGCCGUGGUUGUCAUUGAUGCUGUGCAGGGGAUGUCGAAGCCAGCGACGCUGAACCACCUGCAGGAGCAGUUGAAGAAACAUUUCACGAUCGAGGGGACGCCGGGGAAGCAUGUGGGAAAGGGCUCGAAGUACUGGAAGUGCAACUACUGCGACCUGCGGUUGGCCGGGACUGCCACGAGGCUCCGGGAUCACUUCUUGGACAGGUGCACCCUUGAUAACGUAACUGUCCAGUUGUCAGUGGAGGAGAGGGCGAGGAGGGAAGCGGGAAUGUCGGAGGGGAAGUGCAUUGCUCGCAUGUUGAUGCAGAUCGAGGCUGGAGGUGCUGGGCCCAGCAACAUGCCGACCGCUUCAAGUCAUGCACUGGAGUUUCUGAGCUCUCAGGUCGUUGGUGCAGGCAGUACCGGCGAGACGGCCACACCUCAGUCCACUGGGGCCACCGCUCUUGGAUCGAAGCCAAGUUCAGGCAGGCCACUGAGGCAGACAGUGAUCGAGGAGGCCGACAGCGUGGUCACGAUGAAUGAGCGUACAAGCCGAUUCCUGGACCAGUUUUUAAUUUGCACCAACCAGCCGUUCAGCUUGGUGGAGGACGUCUUCUUCCUCGAGUUCCUUGAGGCCGUGAGGACAGCCCAUCCCACAUGGAUGCCUUGCCGAAGGGACGAACAAAGGACAAAGCGCUUGGACGCAGAGUAUGCGCGGGUGGGGGCGGAGGUCCGUGCAAUGGUAGUGAAAUGGAAGAAGACGGGGUGUAUGUUGCAGAUGGACGGCUGGUCGGACCGCCGCAACAAACCACAUUUGAAUGUCAUGGUGUCCUCGCCUGUCGGUACAGUGUUCUGGAAGUCAGUCUGCAUGGAGGGCAAGGAGAAGGAUUCGACAGCUUAUUUUCGGGUGUUGGACAACGUCAUUAAGGAAAUUGGAGCGGAUGCGGUCGUUGGUGUAGUCAUGGACAACGCAAGGGUGUGCGUGAAGGCAGGGAAGAUGGUGGAGACUGCGUAUCCGACCAUCUUCAGCGUCGGUUGUACGGCGCAUGCGUUGGACCUUGCGUUGGAGGACAUGUACAAGGAAAUGCCUUGGAUGGCGCAAGUGGUCACUGCUGGCAACAAGACGAAGCUGAAGCGUCCGUUGGCAACCAGAUUUGCAACGAACUUUGAGAUGCUCCAGUCGCUCAACGAAUCGCGGAAACCACUUGGCCGCUGUGUGUGCGACAAGGGUUGGGUGGACAAGAUGGUGCGGAAUGACCAGUUGGUGGCAUUCCACGAUGUAACAGCAAUCGUCCUUGACACGGGCGACUUCUGGAGGAAUUUGCAGAAGGCGCUUGAUGUCAUGCAACCGGUGGUGGAGCUGCUCCGUUUGGUGGAUGGGCAAGGAGCAACCAUCUCGAAGGUUUACUUCAAGAUGAAUCAGGUUGUGCAGAAUCUGUGGUCCCUGGAAUCCUUAUCGGUGGAGGAGCACGAGGCGGUGGCGCGCAUCCUCAUGGGCCGCUGGGCAUUUCUGACAAGCGAGCUACAUUGUGCUGCAGCCUUCUUGGACCCUGAGCAUCGGAUGCACAACGCACAGCGCGAUCCGGAGGUUUGUGUCGGGUUCAACAUUUGGUUGUAUUUUUGGAUGCCUCGGGAACGGCGCCAGGAGGUGAGCUCCCAGGUUGAUCAAUGGGUCAAUGCUUUGGGAGGGUUCUCGACGGAGCAAGCUCGAGAACAAGCCUGCGACCAGCCGCCAGCUUUGUGGCGGGAAGCGUUCGGCUUGAAGCACGACCUCCUCGCACCACAAGCAAUCAGAUUGCUUGGCCAGGCAAGCUCCUCUGCCGCCUGCGAGCGGAAUUGGAGCUUGCAUGAGCUGAUCUAUGGAUGGAGGCGGACGAAGUUGUUGCCAGAGAGGAUGGCGAAACUGGUGUACAUCAGUUGGAAUGUUCGGCUGCUGAGGAGGAAUCAGCGUGGCGAGGGGGAUGAGAUCCACAUCCCAUGGGCGGACGACGUCCCAGUGGACAGGGAGAUGGAGGAGUGGUAUGUGCACUGGUUGGAUCGGGUCCAUGAUGAUGUUCAUCGCGAGGAGGUUGUGGAGGUGGACUGCGAUGAUGAGGGAGACGAGAUCCCAAUGCGGCGGACUUUCAUGCAGAAUGACGAAGUUGACGACAAGCUGGUCGAGGAGGAGGAGACUCUACUUGUCGGUACAAGGCAGCGCGAUUGGCACGAGUGCACGAAGCCUGGGAAGCACCGUGAGCAAGAGUUGCGAAGGAGAUCUGGUUGCCAGCUGCCUGGGCGGGACGAGGCGCGGACAAAGAGGAGAGGGAAAGAUAAGGGCAAACAAACGGUGGAGCAUGAUGAUGCGCCCGCACAGCGUGGGAAGAGGAAGGCUGUUCAGCAAGAACAGCCACGACCGAAGAGGGGCCAUCCGACUAACGCAAAACAGGCUGCACGCAAGGUGAAGAAGGCUGAAGAGAAGGCUAUGGCUGCAGCAGCUGAAGCAAAAGCUGCUGCUGACAAAGCCUCAGCGGCCAAAGCCAAAGCGGCAGCGAAAGCUGCCAAAAAGAGUGCACGUGGAGGGAAGGCCAAGAAGUCCGUCGUUGUAAGUGACGACGAUGAGGAGGAUGUCCCCGAAGAAAGUCCGGAAGAGGACGAGCCUGAAGGCUCGUCCACGUCCACGUCCACGGAGUCAAGUUCUUCGUCGGCUUCCUCGUCAUCUCACACCAGUGGGAUGGAAGGCACAAACGGAGAAGGAAGUGAGGGAGGGGAAGAAGAGGGGGAAGAUCAGGUAGAGGCUGAGUAGAGGGAAGCUGUUGGAUCUAUGAUUUCAUCAGUCUAGGUAACCAAUUCUCCAAGUGCAGAGUUCUGACAAUGAUCGUAUUUCUGACAUGAAGAUUUGAAGUUCCAAAUUUCAAACUGUUCUUUUGCUUAUUUUUGUUCUCGCAAUGGUGAAUGUACGAUGCUCCGCAAUGGUUUUCUGUUCUGUUCGUCAUAACCGAUGCUCCGCAAUGGUUUUCUGUUCUGUUCGUCAUUCUUUGUUGUGGAUGCUGCACUGCGAAUUCAUUGCUGUUGUGAAUGUGUUCGUUUGAUCAUUGAUGCCAUGUUGCCGCGUGGUUGGACGGAUGCCCUGACUGCCAUCGCUGGUACGUGCAUACUCCGACUGCAGGUGAGUGUUUGCAACUUUGCAACUUCGCAGCCCUCCCACCCCUCUGAUUUGUCUGUAACAGGGGAUGGCACAGGAGUCUGGACUCUGGAGUCUGGACUAAAGUGGGGGAUACGGUAAUGAAAGGGGAAAAAAGCAGGGGUAGUGCAGGGUGAGGGGGGGGGCGGGGAGCGGACUAAAAUGGGGGAUACGGUAAUGAAAGGGUCUGGACUCU